CCAUCCUCGAAGCCCUCGACCCUCUCAUGAAUGAUGUAGGUAGUAGGCAAGCGGCCUUCCUCAACACAGGGAAGGGACUCGCGUUUAGCUAUUAGCUGCCUGCCUGCCUACCCGAGUACGCAACGACGGCACCUGCAUUGCGUUUGACACUUGUUGAAUUCAACUACGCCAUCUCAUCUUGGAAACAAACAACCUACUUCCCCCUAGUACAUGGCCGUGACGUUGACAAAGGGGCAGGUUCCCAGGUUCUUCAACAUCUAUACUGGCGACCACUUACACCAUUUCAUGUUACUACUGCCUACUACUGCCUACUUCCGAUCCCGCCACGUGAAACUGCAGUCUCCCUAUCCUCUCCCUAUCCUCUCCAUAUCCUGGUAACACUGUCAUGGCCGAACCUCUGAGCUGGCUGAAGCUGGGACCGCGCGCCCGGACACCUACCAACCCUCUCACAGCCAACUCGUCUGAAUGCAAGGCCACUCGCGAUUCGCAGCCCUGUGGUGCGCGUCGACCCGGCUCGUCUCGCACGUCGGCUUGCACCCCGCCUGAGUGUGGGCACGAGCCUGCGUCUGCCGAUGACAGUGUCGAUGAUCUCCUCAUUCGGGACCAGGACCAAGUUUGGUAUAAUCCGUCAUUGAAUCAGAUGGUUGAGGCACUCCAGGUACUACUCCUGCACCAGGGCCUUUUUGAGCCCAUUCCUAUCCGAUACAACUCGUACGUAUUGCACUUGAUAGAAGGCUAUGCCAAAUCCCAGGGCAGGAUCCGCAGCGUAGAAGCGGCGCACCAAGAAACCAAACAAUCCCUGGAACAGAAUAUCGAGCAGUUACGUCACGCGGCUAAUUACUGGCUCGAGCGAGAAUCCCAAUAUCGUGCUGAGGUGAAGAGACUUGAAGUCCUCCUGUCUAAAUGCUCUAAGAAUGGGCUCGAGGCCGUGACAUUGGCCAGAACAAACAGUGUUGUUGACCGCAAUGUUACUGAAGGUGCUGAGCUCCUCUCACGACUGGCAACAGUUAGCAAGCCACAUAGCAAUGAUCCCAUACUGCUGUCUGCGAAGAGCAAUAGGGUCGCGGGACAAAACAGGGCCAAGCGAAUUCCGACCCCUAGAAUUCUGGACAACGACCACGAUUUUCGCGUAAGUCAAAAAAUUCGGCAACAGGAUGCCGCUAGGAAGUCAGCUAUAUUCUUUGAAGAUAGAAAGAUACAUUGCCGCCGGCGGAAUUCUCACACCGAAUCAGACCUUAUGAAUAUACAUCACGAUGGUUUCUAUAACCCCUUCGUGGAUUUUCAAGAUGCCCAUAACUGCCAGGGCAGACGACCACUAGCAAAUGCGUACGAGCAUUACGCAGUUUCAACAGGUAGCCCAGAGAGCUCUCAUCAUCGGAAGGACAUUUCAAAUACACCUGCAAUGUCAGUCCGUAAUCUUUCAGUCUGCGUCGAAGAUUCGGCUCAUACCAACGAGAUAGUCACGGAUGGAAUAGGGGCAGCGUGCCAGCACGAACGGAAUCACUCGGACUUCUCCUUCGAAGCUGGAGACGAUUAUGACGCGUUGCCGAAGAAGCCGGUAGAAGAGGAAAAAGGACUCGAGGACUCGUAUCCAGAAAAUGCGGUUGUUAGGAAACAUCAGCGCUACAGCAGUGACACCGACGGGUUGGCCACUGUCUCCGCCCCAGUUGAAGAACAAACACUACUGGUGAAGGAGAACAGCCCCAGUAUUCAGACUUCCCUCGGAGAUUAUCCCAUGAGAGUCACUGGCCCUACAUAUAUGCCGAUACGACGGUGCAGAGAUCUUGGACACAAUAGCCCUACCGCGGUAGGAAGACCACCUGGUCAAAGCAACUGCAGCGUCGAAUCUCUAGCAGUCACCGCUGCCACGAAUCAAGAAGCCUCGCAGACGAACAAAACGAAUGCACGAAUUGCGGCAAGACUUGCACUAGCCAAUAUCCUCGACACUACCAAGCAGAGAAAAUAG